AUUGCGAUUUAUGGUGUGGGAACAUUUCUUUAUACACCCUUUCACUGACAAUUCUUUUCUUUUUGCGUCUUAUUUUGAAGUCAAAUGCUUUUAUACUGCACGAACUGCGCUGUCUUUGCAUCAUAACGACUUGAUCAGACAAUGGAUUCUUAUUUGAACGCCCAUUCAUGGAGAAGGUAUGUUUCGCUCUUUCUUCUGUUAACUGCGAUUUCUCACUCGGUACUGGCUGUUACUCACUAUUCUAUUCCAGAGGAAAUGGAAGUUGGAUCUGUCGUGGCAAAUUUAGCCACUGAUUUAGGGCUUGAUGUACAGACUUUGAUUAAACGAAACGUCCGAUUAGAUGUUAUUGCUAACAAGAAAUAUCUCGCCAUAAACAAAGACCGGGGUGAACUGUACAUAAAGGAGAAGAUUGAUCGUGAACAUCUGUGUCCUGCCAAAAUGACUUGUUUUUUAAAAAUGGAAGUUAUCGUGGAGAGCCCUGAGCGAAUAUUUUACAUAGAGCUGGAAAUCACGGAUAUUAAUGACAAUAACCCUUAUUUUAGACGAGACACGAUCAAUUUAGACAUCACGGAAUCUACACCAGCGGGUGAACGGUUUUCCGUUAGCAAUGCGGUGGAUUCUGAUGUCGGCUCUAACUCUGUUAAAACGUAUUAUCUUAGCAAAAACGCGCAUUUUGAUAUUGAAAUUCAGUCUGGGAGAGAUGGCUCCAAAUUUGCUGAUUUAAUUUUAAAAAAGGCUCUGGAUCGUGAAACCCAAGCUGUUCAUAGUCUUAUAUUGACCGCAGUGGAUGGCGGAGUCCCUCCGCGUUCAGGUACAGCCAGUAUCAUUGUUCGCGUAUUGGAUGCCAAUGACAACGCCCCUAAAUUUGACCAAGAGAGCUACACCAUUAAUUUAACAGAAAACUCUCCCAUAGGCAGCCUGGUCGUUAAAUUGAACGCAACAGAUCUAGAUGAGGGCUCUAAUGCCGACCUUCUAUAUUCAUUUAGUCUGUAUACGUCCGAAAAAACACAGAAAGCGUUCAGUUUAAAUCCUGACAAUGGCGAAAUUAGAGUGAACGAGGUGGUUAACUAUGAAGAUUUUCGAAUUUACGACAUGGAGGUUAUAGCAACUGAUAAAGGCAUGCAUCCAUUAUUCGGUCAGUGUAAAUUAUCGAUUAUUAUUACCGACAUGAAUGACAAUCACCCAGAAAUUUCGAUUAAGUCAUUUCAGAGCCCUAUUAAAGAGGAUAUACCUGUAAAUACAGUAAUUGCAGUUGUUAGUGUGAGUGAUAAAGACUCUGGAGAAAAUGGACAGGUAGAUGUUCGUAUUUCUGAUGAUUUACCUUUUGCGCUCCAGGAAUCAUCAGAUAAUUAUUAUGAGUUAAUAGUUUCAGAACCGUUAGACCGUGAAAAAGUCCCAGAAUAUGACAUCACUAUUACCGUGAUUGACAGGGGUAACCCGCCGUUAUCUGAUAAUGAAACUAUAACUUUAGAGCUACUGGACGUGAACGACAAUGUUCCUCAGUUCCCUCAGACAUUCUACACGAUACCUGUUAUGGAGAAUAACGCACCUGGAGCUUUACUGAGCUCUUUAACCGCUAUAGACCCAGAUCUCCACGAAAAUCAGUAUCUAGUUUAUUUCAUCAUAGAGAAGGAAAUAGUGAACACCUCCAUGUCCAUGUUGUUCUCCAUGAAUCCAGAGAACGGUAAUCUUUACGCGCUAAAGACGUUUGACUAUGAGAUCGAGAAGGAGUUCCUUUUCCACAUCGAGGCCAGAGACUCUGGUGUCCCUCCGCUCAGCAUAACGUGACCGUUCACAUUAUUAUCAUGGAUCAGAACGACAACACACCGCUUAUAGUGUCUCCAUGGCGCGCGCACGGCUCGGUGGUGGAGGA